AUGCAUGCAGGUAUGGAUAAUCGACCUUCGGAACUGUUGAUGCGUUACAACAUGCUUAGCCAGCUGGAGCGUAAGCGCCUUGAGCUCAAUGAAGAUCGCCUACUGACCUGCUUGAUGCACAACAUGAUCGCUUUCAUGAUGAUGUGUGGUGUCGACCGCGACCAAAUCCGCAGGAAGGUGCGCCGUGUACUAGCCAAAAGUCACACUGGCUUGCAUUAUUCACAGGAGAUUAACAACCUUCUUGAUGCCUUAGACUAUCUGGUGUGUAGUUUUAACCCUUAA